UUGCGUUUCCAUUCGGCGGAAGUACGUGUGUUGGGGGCGGUUCUUGCAUGAUUUUGAUAGGUCAACUGAAGGAAGGGCACGAACACGGUUUUGUAAUUUGCUAUUGGAAACUCGUAACUCGCUACAAUGGAAGCCCCCCAACAAGAACAACUCGUGCUGCGCCAUGUGGAGACAGAUGUUUUGAUACCCAAGAGGAUGAGGGAGAAGGCAAAGGAGCUUUGUGCUGAAAAUGUUGUUGCCUUUUCCAAGUGCUGCAAGGAAACGGGUUUCCUCAUGGUGGUCAAAUGCAGGGAGGAAAACGCCGCCAUGAAGGAGUGCCUGACCAAGCAUUACAAAGACCCGGUCUUCUUUGAAGAGUGCAAGCAAGAGUAUAUCAAAGAGAAGCUGGAGUUUCUGAGAACAGGAAUUCCAGCCAAGAAUAGGAUACAGAAACUCCCAACCAGCAUGUAGAAGUCGUCUGUCCUGUCUGAAGGACAAACAUGAUGAGAAGGGUGAAUGCAUUCAGGAAUACCCACCUCACACACUACUUUGUCCUGUGCUGCAUAUGUGUUUUGAUGUUAUGAAAAAGAGAAAAAUUAUUAACAGCACGGACAGACGUGAGCAUAGGAGUAUUUCUGUUUGCUUCGCAAGGAUUUUGAUGAUUCUUUUUUUUGCAUUGCAUUGCAUUGACCACUGGCUUGGUUACACAUGCAGAAGGCAAUCUAUUGAGCCGGAUGGCCAAUGACUUUAUAUUCACAAUUGUUUCAGAAUGCAAAUCGGAUUGCCUUGACAUAAUCAAAAUUCAUAGAGAUUUUUUCCCCCUAAAAUCAGAUCCCAGACAUGCCGUUUUCACCAAAGGGACUCAGCUUUGUUACAGAGCUGUAACGGCUGUCGUUGAAAGAAAUGAUUUGCAAACUGCCACACAAUGUUGGGAGUGGUGAGCAGGCAUUUGAAAUCUUUCCAUGAUUCACUGAAUAUACUAAGAUUAUUGAAAACAUGAGGUGGGGCAGGAAAUACACAAUAAUUAAAGUCAGCAAUACAUGGAUCAUCUGUGAGAGUACAAUUUGUUAAGACAAUUGAAAAUGAAUGUAAAAAUCUGCUUGUAAAAAGUAAAUAUCCAUAUUUAUGAA